UCCAUGCACUUCAAACACAAAAUACCCUUCAGAUAACUCUUUCAUUUGAACCAUAUUAUUCACUAUCCACUGUCUUUUAAACUGUAAAGUAAAGUCAAUCAAACACCAUAAUGAAAACUUCAGUUAGUUCUAUAAUUUCUUUCUUGUUUCUGAGUUUCUUGCUGGUGGUGGUGGCUGCUUUGGCUGGAGAUUUCAACCAAGAAUUUGAUGUUACAUGGGGUGAUGGCAGGGUAAAAAUACUUGAAAACGGGCAGCUUCUCACCCUUUCCCUUGACAAAACUUCAGGCUCUGGAUUUAGGUCAAAAAGACAGUAUAUAUUUGGAAAGAUUGACAUGAAAAUCAAACUUGUUCCUGGCAAUUCUGCAGGCACUGUUACUACAUACUAUUUAUCUUCACUGGGACCGACUCAUGACGAGAUUGACUUUGAGUUUCUUGGCAACCUAAGUGGAGACCCUUAUAUUCUUCAUACAAAUGUGUUCACACAAGGCAUAGGAGACAGAGAGCAACAGUUUUAUCUUUGGUUCGACCCAACUAAGGAUUUUCACACCUACUCUAUUCUUUGGAAUCCUCGAAGCAUCAUAUUUUCAGUAGAUGGGACACCAAUAAGACAAUUCAGGAAUCUUGAAGCUUCAAGGGGAAUUCCUUAUCCAAAAAAUCAACCAAUGUGGAUAUACUCAAGCUUAUGGGAUGCUGAAGAUUGGGCAACAAGAGGAGGACUUGUCAAAACUGAUUGGAGCCAAGCCCCUUUCAUUGCUUCUUACAGAAAUUUUAAUGCCCAAGCAUGUAUUUGGUCUUCUGGUUCUACUUCUUCUUGCUCCAGAAAUUCCACAGCCAAUUCUUGGAUAACUGAAUCAUUGGAUAACUCUGGCCAAGCAAGGAUUAAAUGGGUGCAAAAGAAUUACAUGGUUUAUAACUACUGCACUGAUAUUAAACGUUUCCCUCAAGGAUUUCCCCUUGAAUGCUCUCUAAAUUAAUGCAAGAAAGGAAAAUCAGAAAAAUUAUCGUUUUAAAAAACUUCCUUAGUGCAACUGUAAGAGUCGUUGCCGUGUGAGAUUGAGGUUGCGGGUUCCAACUAUUCAAAUAAUUUCCUGUAGAACUAUAUAAAGUAAGGCCGAGUGCAAUAAAAAUUGUAGUUUGACCAUUCCUAUGCAUUGCACAUAGCAGAAGCUUGGUGUACUAAACUGCUCUUUUAAAAGGUUAUAGCCUUUUUCUGGGUGAGUUUUCUCUUUAUUUUUGUACUGUAAAUAGAUGUAUAGUAUCACCAGAGAGUAAUAUUAUUUGUUUGUAUUUAUUAAUAAGAUAUUAUUUGAUUGUACUUAUUGAUAAAUU